CCAUCACGCCAGACUUGGUCGAAGUCGCCGCCGUACGCCGUCCACCGUUGUCAGCCUUGCGUGGUUGUUCUCUGGCAAGUAUUGAAAGAGGUUCGAACUCUAGCGCUUUGCCUUCUCCCAAAAUCCGUGUCUUGCAGUGGUUACCUGAAUCAGCUGGCUUACUAAGGCAUCUUCGUUAAAGUAUGAACAAAAACUAGAAAUGUAUGAUAUCAAUAUUAUCAACUAUGCAUAUUUCAGACAUUCAGUGGGGAAAGAUACUCCAUUGACGGAAGACAUCUAGAGUCUAUAUGGCAACCCAAGCAGCAACAACAUUCAAUGGAAACAUGAAGAAAGCACUUGCGGGACUUAGACGUAUUAAUCUUGAAGGGCUGCGCUGGAGGGUUUUUGAUGCCAAAGGCCAGGUCCUUGGGAGGUUAGCAUCUCAAAUAGCUACUGUAGUUCAGGGCAAGGAUAAGCCAACAUAUGCACCUAAUCGUGAUGAUGGAGAUAUGUGUGUUGUGCUUAAUGCAAAGGAUGUUUGUGUGACUGGAAGAAAGCUUACAGAUAAGUUCUAUCGCUGGCAUACAGGGUAUGUGGGCCACCUCAAGGAAAGAAGUCUAAAGGACCAGUUAGCCAAAGACCCUACAGAAGUCAUUCGCAAAGCUGUUCUGCGCAUGCUGCCUAGAAACAAACUGCGUGAUGAUAGGGAUCGAAAAUUGAGGAUAUUUGCUGGUAGCGAGCAUCCUUUUGGUGAUAGGCCCCUUGAAUCUUACAUGAUGCCUCCUAGGAACGUACGUGAAAUGCGGCCAAGGGCAAGGCGCGCAAUGAUUCGUGCUCAAAAGAAGGCUGAGCAGCAGCAACAGAAUACAGGUGAAACAAGGAAAGGCAAAAAGAGAGAAGCCUUAGCGGAAGUGAAAGCUUGAAUAGACGUGGUCGUGGUUGAGGGAAAUUUAGCUGAUCCAUGGAAAGCCAUCUGUUUAUCUAUGCGAGCAAAUUCUUUCAUGGCUUAUGAAAUUGCGUCUUUUGUUUCCUUUUCCCAUCCUUGAAGGCAUUAAAGCUAACAGUGGAAGCAUGCAUCGUAGUUACAGGAAUUUUGUGCAAUGCCUGGAUUAACGUCAUAGUUGGUCCAAUUAAUACCCAUUAGCCACUCUAAAUGCUUAGAUCGAAGUUAGUGUGAGUUGUUUAAUUUUUCAUUGAUUUCCGUUUGGCUCUAAUAAGUAUUAGUUAGCAACCACAUUAUUAAUGUCUAUCCCCUCGAAGUUUGCUCGUUUA